AAAUCUCAGAUCUCUCUUUCUCUCUCUCUCUCUCUCUUCUUUUCUGAUAACAAUGGCCCAACCUAUGAACGAUAUUACGGUGAAGAACAAUGAAUCACACGAAGAAGAAAUCCCCGAUCAAUUUCUCUGCUGCGUUUGCCUGGAACUUCUUUACAAGCCAAUUGUGUUAUCUUGUGGUCAUCUAUCAUGUUUUUGGUGUGUACAUAACUCCAUGAAUGGCUUUCGCGAGUCUCAUUGUCCGAUAUGUAGAGACCCGUAUGUUCACUUUCCGUCUGUGUGCCAGAAGCUUCAUUUUCUACUGAAGAAGAUGUACCCAUUAGCGCAUAAGAAGAGAGAAGAACAAGUUCUAAAGGAAGAAGAAGAACUAGAUUGUUUUUCUCCUCAGAUUGAUGUUGUUUUGGAUGAACCUAAGGUUAAGGAUGUGUCUGUGUGUAGUGGAGUUUCUCUAAAUGUCUCUGAUAAACAGAAGGUGGAUGAGGGUUCGAAUGCAGCGAACUUAUUAUCUAGUUCAUCAAGUAGAGGUGGCAGUCCAUGUAUCCCCAGCAAUCAAGAACCCACAGAUGCACAAACUCUUAAUGUUCAUGAGAAUGAAUUACCUAAGAAUAACAAAGUCAGUAAUCAGAUUUCGAAAGAUGAUUUGCUCUGUUCAGCAUGUAAGGAGCUACUUGUGCGACCCGUAGUUCUCAAUUGCGGACAUGUGUAUUGUGAAGGAUGUGUAGUAGAUAUGGCUGAAGAAAGCGAAAAGAUCAAAUGUCUAGAGUGUAAUGUUUGUGACCCAAGAGGAUUUCCAAAAGUUUGUUUGAUUCUUGAACAGCUUUUGGAGGAAAAUUUUCCUGAAGAAUACAAAUCAAGGACAAGCGGGGUUCAGAAAAGGCUUGCCCAUAAUAGCAAAGGAAAUUUUCAAAGCCAUCUCAAAGAAGGCCCAUCGUUAUCAAACGACAACAACGAUGAUCUUCCCUGGUUGGCAAACCCUGGAUCAAAUGUUCACUUUGGAGCUGGUUGUGAUUCUUGUGGAGUGUAUCCAAUCAUAGGGGAUCGAUACAGAUGCAAAGACUGCAAGGAGGAAAUUGGGUAUGACCUUUGCAAAGACUGUUACGAGACUCCUUCGAAAGUUCCAGGGAGAUUCAACCAGCAGCACACUCCUGACCACAGGCUUGAGCUCGCGAGGGCUCCUCAGGUUCUGAUCAAUUUCAAUUCUAUCGGUAUCCUUCUCGGACCCUCGGAUAUCUCAACUGAAGCCAUGGAUACAGAUGAGGGCGAGGAAGGGCCUCGGGGAUUGCUUACUCACGGAGCAUCCUACUAUUCUCGGGAACUUCUUUACAAGCCAAUUGUGUUAUCUUGUGGUCAUCUAUCAUGUUUUUGGUGUGUACAUAAGUCCAUGAAUGGCUUUCGCGAGUCUCAUUGUCCGAUAUGUAGAGACCCGUAUGUUCACUUUCCGUCUGUGUGCCAGAAGCUUCAUUUUCUACUGAAGAAGAUGUACCCAUUAGCGCAUAAGAAGAGAGAAGAACAAGUUCUAAAGGAAGAAGAAGAACUAGAUUGUUUUUCUCCUCAGAUUGAUGUUGUUUUGGAUGAACCUAAGGUUAAGGAUGUGUCUGUGUGUAGUGGAGUUUCUCUAAAUGUCUCUGAUAAACAGAAGGUGGAUGAGGGUUCGAAUGCAGCGAACUUCUUAUCUAGUUCAUCAAGUAGAGGUGGCAGUCCAUGUAUCCCCAGCAAUCAAGAACCCACAGAUGCACAAACUCUUAAUGUUCAUGAGAAUGAAUUACCUAAGAAUAUCAAAGUCAGUAAUCAGAUUUCGAAAGAUGAUUUGCUCUGUUCAGCAUGUAAGGAGCUACUUGUGCGACCUGUAGUUCUCAAUUGCGGACAUGUGUAUUGUGAAGGAUGUGUAGUAGAUAUGGCUGAAGAAAGCGAAAAGAUCAAAUGUCUAGAGUGUAAUGUUUGUGACCCAAGAGGAUUUCCAAAAGUUUGUUUGAUUCUUGAACAGCUUUUGGAGGAAAAUUUUCCUGAAGAAUACAAAUCAAGGACAAGCGGGGUUCAGAAAAGGCUUGCCCAUAAUAGCAAAGGAAAUUUUCAAAGCCAUCUCAAAGAAGGCCCAUCGUUAUCAAACGACAACAACGAUGAUCUUCCCUGGUUGGCAAACCCUGGAUCAAAUGUUCACUUUGGAGCUGGUUGUGAUUCUUGUGGAGUGUAUCCAAUCAUAGGGGAUCGAUACAGAUGCAAAGACUGCAAGGAGGAAAUUGGGUAUGACCUUUGCAAAGACUGUUACGAGACUCCUUCGAAAGUUCCAGGGAGAUUCAACCAGCAACACACUCCUGACCACAGGCUUGAGCUCGCGAGGGCUCCUCAGGUUCUGAUCAAUUUCAAUUCUAUCGGUAUCCUUCUCGGACCCUCGGAUAUCUCAACUGAAGCCAUGGAUACAGAUGAGGGCGAGGAAGGGCCUCGGGGUUCUUCUAAUGAGUCAUCAAGCACAGAAUGAAAUAGCAGUCAAGUAUCAAUGCAU